CUUUGCGGCAGUUGUUUCCUACGCAGUUUGUUGUAGAAAUGUCAACAUGGUGGAAAUUUCCACUACUUUUGGUUAACGACAGCACGUUAAGGGAUAAACAUAAACUGGUCUGUCUGCCGUGGGCGAGGACGCGAAGCGUCAAGGAAAGGAGCCGAGGUGCCGUUGGCGCCCGCACCGCGCUGCUGGGCGAAUUCGACUUUAGUUAAACGGGCUUCUCCUCCAGAGAGUGAGGCUAGCUGACGAGCUAAGCUAAGGCUGCGGUAGCCGAACUGCUCCACUCACUCAGCCCAGUAAUCUUUUCGCAUCAUCUGGGGGCAAACGAAAGCUUUAUUUCUCAUUUCGGACAUGGAAUUCCACACCGUUGGUUCUGGUGGACUGUUGGUGUCCAGUAGCAACGUGCCUGCUUUUCUCACCAAACUUUGGACGCUGGUGGAGGAUCCAGAGACCGACCCUCUGAUCUGCUGGAGCCCCCAUGGCAACAGCUUCCAUGUGUUCGACCAGGGCAGGUUCUCCAAAGAGGUGCUUCCUAAGUACUUCAAGCACAAUAACAUGGCCAGCUUCGUUCGGCAGCUCAAUAUGUAUGGCUUCCGCAAAGUAGUUCACAUUGAGCAGGGUGGAUUGGUGAAGCCUGAGAAAGAUGACACGGAAUUCCAGCAUCCUUUCUUUGUUCGUGGACAGGAGCACUUGCUGGAGAACAUUAAGAGGAAGGUGACCGCAGUGUCAAAUAUUAAGCACGAAGACCUCAAGCUGAGCCCGGACGACAUGACCAAGAUGAUCUCAGAUGUACAGCAAAUGAAGGGAAAGCAGGAGUCCAUAGAUUCUAAAAUCAGCACCCUCAAACAUGAGAAUGAAGCUCUGUGGAGAGAAGUGGCUAGCUUGAGACAGAAACAUGCCCAGCAACAGAAAGUUGUCAAUAAGCUCAUCCAGUUCCUGAUUACAUUGGCGAGGUCCAACAGAGUUCUCGGAGUGAAAAGAAAGAUGCCCUUAAUGCUGAACGAUAGCAGCACAGCACACUCUAUGCCUAAAUACAGCAGGCAGUACUCUCUGGAGCCUUCACCCACUCUCUCUCCGUCUGGCGCGACUUUUGCCGGAACAGGCAUCUUCUCCUCCAACGCUCCCGUCAAGACUGGCCCUAUUAUCUCUGACAUCACAGAUACGGCCCAGUGCAGCCCAGCUGACAAGGAAGACUGGAUUGAGGACAGAACAAGCCCAUUGGUGCACAUUAAGGAAGAGCCAUCAAGUCCCUCCCACUGUCCCGAGAUAGAGGAAGUGUGUCCUGUGGAGGUGGAAGUUGGGGUGGGGUCGAGUGUGCCUGCUGACACACCUCUCUCCCCCACCACCUUCAUCAACUCCAUCCUUCAGGAGAGUGAACCCGUGCCUGCCCCAACUCCGCCCCCCACAGAGCACAGAUGUUUAAGUGUGGCCUGCUUGGACAAUUCCCCCCAGAUGUCUGAGGUCUCACGCCUUUUCCCCAGCCUCUCCUCCUCGUCUCCUCACCUCAGAACACAUACAGGGACUGAGCUCAGCGAGCACCUGGACAACAUUGACAGCGGCUUGGAAAACCUCCAGUCGAUCCUCAAUGCACAGUCUAUCAAUUUUGAUUCUUCGCCUCUCUUCGAUAUCUUCAGUGCAAACUCUGCCUCUGAUGUUGACCUGGACAGUUUGACAAGCAUUCAAGAAUUACUCUCACCAGAACCUGCCAGAGAGACGGAGUCUGGUGCAAACUCCAGUAAAUCGGGAAAGCAGCUGGUUCAGUACACAGCUCAGCCGAUGGUUCUCCCUGACCCGAUCACUACAGAGACCACUGGGGAAGACCUGCCCAUUCUACUGGAGUUGGAGGGGGACUCUUAUUUUGGCCAGGACCCUGUGGAGGAUCCCACAAUUUCACUUCUGACCACCGACUACCAAACAGCAGUACCAGAAGACCCCAAGCUAUAGUAGAAAAGGCAGCUUUUAUAAAGGGAUUUACAUGUGUGGAUUUUUUAUUUUUCAUGUUUUCUGUUGUGUUUUCCCCAGUUCUUUUUCUUUAUAUGUUAAACUUAGCCAUGUCACCUUUUGCUCUGUUCGUUCUUUUAAAUCCAUGAUUUCUGAGCAAUAGAGAAAUACCUUUUGCUGUUGUUUCCUCAUAAUUGCAUUGUUCAUAGAUUCGGUGCAGUGGAAAUGCACACGUUUAAUUUCUUACUUUUGCAGUUGUGUGUUUUUAAUAAAACAUCAGGUUGAAGCCGUACUCGGGAAUGACCAAAACGGCUCCGUGGCCAGGACUUAUCAACUGAUAUAAUUUAACAAACCCGCCCUACUGAAGUAGAAUGAAUAUGGUGUUAGGAAUGUAUUCAUGCUACAUAAAUCUAUAUUGUAAUGUAACUGUAACGCUUUGCUUUGUAUGAGAUUUUUCACACAGGUAUUGCAAAUACUUUUAGCUUCGUGCCUCCUUUGAGGACUUUUGCUGGCGGUAGCUAUUCCUGAGUGGGACUUUAAUUCUUGUAACAAAACGUAUAUGCGUACAAGUAUUAUGUUCUCUCUUUAUCUGGCACGCAGAGUGGGGGGGCUUGUAAAAGAACCUGUUCUUUUCCUCCCCUCCAAAGCCGGUUUAGCAUAAAGACUGUUCAAAUAAGCUGUUCUUAACUCUGCUGCAAAAUGAGUUGAAGAUGGGUUUUGUGCACAUUUGCUCGUUUGACUGAGAGCUGUUUCGUUUUGUUUGUUUUCAGAUCUGAGUGUAGACCCCUCAUCACUACAGCUUACUCAGUUUUGGAACAGUACCGAAAUGUAUUUAACUCAUAUUUUGAAGCUUGAAGUUGCACCCGUUUCCCAUCCAAGUACUUGGUUCUUAAAUUACUGAGAGAUUUUAAUUUGCAGCAGCCAUGGUAUGGAAUACUGUGGCUGUUGUUUUCACGGAUACUGAAAUUUUUUAAAAAGUAUAUAAUGUAUGUGAACAUAGAUUGAUUACACAAUGUGUAGAAGCCCUCACGAACCGGCUAUAUUGCAAUAUCAAGCUCUCUUCUGCUCAAAAAUGAGGCUAACACACAGAGCUUCUCUACGCUGUCACACAAAGAACUUGUAUCUCGGUUUUAAACUCCAAUUACCCUUUCCAUGAAAAUUUUGUGAUGAACAGCAGCAGAUACGGUCCAGAGUUACUUAGAAGAAGGUCUUUUUACAUUAACCACCUUUACAAGUUACGAUUUUUUUUUUUCUGUCUCCUGUAAAGUGAAUUUUGGAGAUAUGAGGUAUUGUUCCGACAGCGAUGUUAUACAUGUGCUACUGUGCAUGUUUAGGAUGAAAUUGAUUUUUGGUUCAUAUUUGCAUUCUCAGUGUAGGAGUGCUGUUUCCAGGUCAGCUUUUACUUUGCACCACAUUAACUGUUCUCCAAACAAAGCAGUAAAACUGAUCCUAGAUCAGCACUUCUGUUUAAAGAUGCUUUGUGACUACAGACCCAGUUCCACAUUUGCCUUAGUGUUCCGUCGUAUUUAUUUCGAUGCAGUUUGCUGUGCUAGAUGACUGUGCGAUUAUUAUUUUUUUUUAAAGAAGUUAGCAGUGCGGCAGAGGAUGUAUGAGGAACGUGUGAGUGAGGUUGUGCGCAUUUAGAAAAAAGAAAAAUCUGCCUUUCUCACUAUAGGCAAGUCUACUGUGUAUAUAGCCAAAACAGAGGCUUUAUUCAUGUGCAUAUGUAAAGGGCCAAGGCUGAAAAAAUAUAUUUGGUAAAUUUGGCACUAAAAAAUUUGAUGGUUUACCACAGAUGUUCUCUUGACAGCAGUAAUGGGGCAGUUUUGUGGACGCUGAUUAUUCCUAGUGCAGGGUUGGCAGUCAUAAACUGAUCUAGAAGCAGUUUUUCUGGCCAAGUUCAGCAGAGGGAUCUUCUCCUAGAUCAGCUGUCACUUUGUGAUGCUUUUUCAAACACGCAUCCAAGACUAUGUGCAGUUUUCGCGUGGAGAAUAACCAUUCGUAGUGAAAUCAGUCACAGGUUUGAUGGAUCGUAAUAUGGCAGCCUGAGCGUUUUUCAUUGUUGAAACAUUCUUCUCAACUGACUGGGUAGCAUGUGUUCUAUAAACCGAAAAAUCAAGAGGUCAUUUUGAAAAGGUUGUGAAAUAUUUUUUCACAUCCUGACCAGUUUUGAUAGCCGUGCAUGACCUUUUUUUGUAUGCAACAGAGAUCAGAGGUGAUGCAAAUUUGAUACUAAAAAGAUAUUCUGCCAGAUUGAAGUGAGUCUAAGAUUGAAAAUGUAUUUAUUUUGUAUGAUCUGUACCCAUGCUGCCCCCUGGUGGCUCCAAUUGGUCAAGCUUUGUUUCUGGUGAAGUAGGGAGAGCAAUAUGGUGUGGCGAGAGCAGGAAUUACGUAUAUAUAAAAUAUAUAUAUUGUUGGUAAUUUCUAAUAUUACAAUCAUCAGUCUCAAUUUAGUCAUUAGAUAUCUGUAAUAGAGACACAGCUAAAUUAUUUUGUUACGCAUGUGAACAACACUUUGUGUAUUGGUAUGUUUCAAAUAAAAAUAUGUUUUUGAAAGUA